GUAACUUUUUUAUACGAUAAGCUAAUGAUCUUCUAGCCUAAGGUUAAGCAUUAACUUGAUAAUGAUACCUACUGUGCUUCUGAUCCUGUCUUCAUAAACAAUGUGUCGAAUAGUGGUUAAUUAGAAGGUACUCCUUCCUUAUAACAGCCUUUAAGUGCAAUUGAAUCGUGAGUCCCCUGUCCUCACAUCUCCAGGCAGGUACAUAGACCCGACUUCCUUCCUUCCUCCCAUGAAGUGAAGACUUCUUCUUGCCAACUUAUAUACUUACCUCCCUGGAUCGUUUUCUGCUUUUUGUCGUUCUCUUUUCUUUUUCUUCUCCCAGUUCCGUUUUCGUACAUUAUUCCGAUAUCCCUUUGUCAUUCAUAGCUGUGCACACCUUAUCAAACACCAAGCAUCAUCAUCUCUCCUCGCCAGAUUGGCCGUCUUUGUAUCCUCAAAACAUGCGACUCACAACUCUUGCUGCCUCGUUGUGUUGCAUGGACUUCCGUCCCGGAGAUUCGGUUAUAGAAUCGCAAGACAUCACGCAUGGCCUCCUCAGGCUCAAUUCAGCACGUGGUGUAAAGGGGCGCGGUCCUUUGAUUUGGGACACUGCCCUCGCCUCCGAUGCGCAAGACUAUGCCAUCCAUUUAGGCUGUGGCGCGGUGGCACCUAGCCGAACGAAGCCGGGGAGAACUGUAUACACGGAGACUUCGGCCAUUUGCGCGGGUCAACCACAUAAGCGUACCUUCGAAUCUGCUGCGAACUUCUGGCUCACUGCCAUGUACAGGCCCAACUGUGAAUCAGAAGACUACCAUAACUAUCACGAAUGCAUGGCGCCUGAGGCAGAUCAAAUCGGAUGUGGUCGGUCAUAUGAUCGUGACAAUCACUGCGUUUUUUAUACAGUUUGUAUAUUCUCUUCCCGUGAAGAUCGUGUGCUGGAUGAUCAUGACUGUGAAGACCCCUGUCCUUACGGUUACCAUCACAAAGGAUGCGAUGAUUAAACGAUCACAUGCGGUGUUAUAUGAUGGAAUAGGUGGUGAGACUAAG